UGUAACAGUGCAACAGGGACACAGCAGCACAGACAGGACUUUUGGUCCUGACCUAAGUACAACUGGUGUGCGAAAUUUUUCGACGCUAAUYUAAGUAUUUCACUGAUACUCAGCUCGGUUAAGGCAUAACCAAUUAGAAAACUAAACGUAGUACACCAUAAUGUCGAGAAUUUGGUGUUUCGUGAGUUUAUUGUUGGUGCUGUCAGCGGUGCUGGCGCGGCCCGAGCCGCCAGUGAACUCUUACUUGCCACCUUCAGCCAAUGGUAAUGGUAAUGGCGGUGGACGUCCUUCAUCGCAAUAUGGUGUGCCUGGACUGGGUGGUAACGGUAACGGCAAUGGUAAUGGCGGUGGACGUCCUUCGAGCACGUAUGGCGCACCCGGUUUAGGCGGUAACGGUAAUGGAAACGGCAACGGUAGUGGACGUCCUUCGAGCACAUAUGGCGCGCCCGGCUUAGGCGGUAAUGGUAACGGCGCUGGACGUCCUUCCAGCACUUAUGGCGCACCCGGUUUAGGUGGUAAUGGCAACGGCAACGGUAAUGGUAACGGCGCUGGACGUCCUUCUAGCACUUAUGGCGCACCCGGUUUAGGCGGUAAUUUCAACGGCAACGGUAAUGGUAACGGCGGUGGACGUCCUUCCAGCACAUACGGCGCACCCGGUUUAGGUGGUGGUAAUGGUAACGGAAACGGUAAUGGKGGUGGACGUCCRUCCAGCACAUAUGGCGCUCCAGGUUUGAGUGGAAAUGGUAAUGGCAAUGGCAACGGCAACGGACGUCCCUCAAGCACUUAUGGCGCGCCGGGUCUUAAUGGAAACGGUUUGGGUGGUGGACAAAAACCCUCAGAUAGUUAUGGUCCUCCAGCUUCUGGUAAUGGCAAUGGUUAUUCGAAUGGMGGUAAUGGUAAUGGUAAUGGAGGUGGACGUCCAAGCCAAGAAUACUUGCCACCUGGCCGCAAUGGUAAYGGAAAUGGCAACGGCGGUAGAGGUAAUGGAAACGGUGGCGGCGCAAAUGGCUAUGAUUACUCGCAGGGCGGCAGUGAUAGCGGUGAGAGCGGYGAACCGGCACAAUACGAAUUUAGUUACGAAGUAGAAGAUGCUCCGAGUGGUUUGUCCUUCGGACAUUCAGAGAUGCGCGAUGGCGACUAUACAACGGGACAAUACAAUGUGUUGUUGCCUGAUGGAAGGAAGCAAAUCGUCGACUACGAAGCCGAUCAGGGUGGUUAUCGUCCRCAGAUCCGUUACGAAGGUGAAGCUAACACUGGUGCCGGUGGUCUCGGUGGACUCGGCGGCGGUGCUGGUGGCGCUAACGGUUAUGAUUAUGAACAGAAUGGUAAUGGACUCGGCGGCGGCAAUGGUUAUUCGAAUGGACAAGAUUUAGGCAGCAAUGGCUACUCCAGUGGACGUCCUAAUGGCAAUGGUAAUGGUAAUGGAAAUGGUAACGGCAACAGCUAUAGCGGCCGCAACGGUAAAGGACGCAAUGGCAACGGUGGUGGACAAGGACUCGGACGCAAUGGCUACUCUGGCGGACGUCCGAGUGGACAAGACUUAGGCGAUAAUGGUUACGCAAGUGGACGUCCCAACGGUAAUGGUAAUGGUUACUCGAACGGUAAUGGCAACGGCAAUGGCAAUGGUGGCGGUCAAUACAAUGGCAAUGGCAAUGGUUACUCCGAUGGCAGACCGGGCGGUCAAGACAAUCUCGACGGACAGGGUUACACCAAUGGACGUCCGAAUGGUUUUGGUCCCGGUGGUCAAAAUGGCGAUAAUGAUGGCAACGGUUAYCGAUAUUAAUGAGCUKCGAUUGGACAAUGAUUACGUAAYGACCCACAGCGGACAACGAGCCCACGARUAAACAGCGGGCGUGGAAAAAUGAAACGCUCCUCAUCAUGCA